AUGAAACGAUCAAGUAGAACUACCAAUCCUUCCCGCUGUACUGAUGUACCAAAGUUACGCAAAAAAAGACAUAAAAAGGAGCCAUUUGAUGUUGAAAUUGUUCAAGAGACGUCCCAAAAAAUAAGCAUAAUAGAUUUUGAUAAUGUGGAUAUUCCAGCGAAUGCAUUCUCUCCUAAGGAACAUGAUUUAAUUCUAAUUAAUAAAGAAAUUAAUAAAGCUGAAGUGACAAAUGAAACUGAUGAAGCUUAUGAAGAAGAAAACUAUGAAACUGAUGAAGCUUAUGAAGAAGAAAACUAUGAAGAAAGUGAAGCUGAAUCAUUGAUAGAUGAGGAAUUAAAUACACACUUUACAGAUAUUAUACACGAUGUACCAUUAAUUGAUAUCAUAGAAGAAGACCCAUUAAGUGAUGAAAUUUUAGAGGAAAAAUCCUCAGAAUUUAGAGGUUUUGAUGGAGAGUACGGUCCGUACUUUCCAAAUUUUACGUCUUCCAUGUUAUAUAUUUGGAUUACAAAGCACAUGAUCUCAACUAGUGCUUAUGAGGACCUCGUCAAAAUUCUUACCCAUGAUGGUUUUCGCAAAGAAGAUGUUAUCCAGAAUAUUAGACGUAUGCGUAAGUGGAGAUAUAGGUUACCUCUGCUUACAGUACAUCAGCAUGAUGUGCCUGUUUGUCAGGCAAAAGCACCAUCAAUACUUGUAUCUACCAAAAAGGCUUUUACAAUAUCCCCACUGGCACACUUGGAAUAUAUAUUAAAUAAUCCAACAAUAAUGCCCAAGUUAUAUUUUGGACCUGGUGUGCUUAGAGAGGAAAAAAGUGAAUUUUGGCAUGGAAAUCUUUGGCAAGAUUCGCCAUUUUUUGGAGAGCAUGAGAUAAGAUGCAAUAAUGGAGUAACUUAUAAAGCAGGAGAUUUUGUUUUGUGCCAAACAUCAUUCCAAUUUAUAUGUCGCAUACGCAGUAUUGUGACUAAUGAAAUUAAUAAAGACUGUAAAGUAAAAGUUGAUCGGCUCCUUCAACACCACAACCUUCCUAAUUGCCGAUUUGACAGUGAUAGACAUACCCGUGGUAAUGGGAAAGAAUUGUGGAUUGUUGAAGGGGAUUCUACCUUUAUUGAUCCAGAAAACAUUCGUAAACCCAUAUCUGUAUGGCUCCGUGACUUACCGGAGCCCCAAACUUAUAGUUAUUAUGUCCAAGAAAUAGUAUAUAAUUUCAAUGGACGUUGGAAAUAUCGUGAUAUUUCAAAAAGGCAUAGAUUGCCUUGUGAAUAUAUCACUAUUAGGCCACCGCCACUGCAAAUCCCCACAUUUAAAAUAUUUUUGGACAUUUAUUAUGAUAAUUUCGGCACAUACAGGAAUGUUUAUCAUUCCUUGGGAGGUGUAUAUAUGCAAAUUGGUAACAUGUUGCAGUCAGAUCGGAAGUUGCUUAAAAACCAUUUUCUUAUUGGUUUUGUUCCAUUUGGCACUAGUUUUGAUGAUUUCAUCAAACCAGUGCUUAAGGACAUACAGUGUUUAGAAAAUGGUUUUAUAAUGAGUACGUUAUAUGGGGAUGCUUGGGUCGUGGGUGGCAUUGGAUGCAUCACUGCAGACUUACCGCAAGGUAACGAUUUGGCAGGUGUUAAGCGGCAUAAUGCUCUUCAUGGUUGCCGAACGUGCAAUGCCUCAAUCGAGCAAUUUACUGAUCCAAGCUAUAAUUAUGCUGAAAAUGCACGUUUUAAACAGCAUACUGAAAAACAAUUUGUUGAUAUUAAAAAUCAACAAACAAAGAUGGGUAAAGAACAAUUAGCUACCGAAUAUGGGUUGACAAUAACCUCUGGAUCUCUUAGUGUACUUAAAUGGGAUAAUCAUGUACAAACUCUACAUGACAUAUACCAUGCAAUGGCUGGUAAAGCCCGUACCUUGUUAGAUGCUACAUUAAAUAUAUUUAAUGCAACUGGAGAAGAAGCUUUUUUAACAUGCUGGAAAAACAUCGAAAAACCUGCUUGCUGGUGCCGAAUGCCUAAUCCAUUACGGCAUCGGCAAAGCUUUAUGUUUUCCGAUGUUUUAAAACUUGCUAUUUUAAUGCCAUUUAUACUUAGGCGGUUUUUAAAACCUUGUUAUAUUAAACCGGAUAUUUUAAAAAAAUGGCAAGAAAAUUCUAGUAAAAAACCAGUUACACAAUUGUGUAGUCUUUGGACUACUGAGGCUAAAACACUUAAACUAGCCUUUUCAACAACAAUGACGGAACAUAUUUAUAAAGAAUUACAAGAAAUGCUAAAUAAGGAACGUGAUAUGCUUAUUCAGUUAUUCCCAGAAUACUUUACGAAUUUACCUAAUCUUCAUGUUAACACACAUUUGUUGCAACAUGCUCAAAAUUUUGCAACAUUAGUAAAUACUGCUGUAGGAGUAAAGGAGAUCGUCCAUCGCACUUUCAAAGUAAUAGUUCCGCAUACGAAUCGCAAAGUUAUUGAACUUAGCCUUACUCAGCAGUAUAAUGUAAGACAAGCAUUGAGACAUGUUGUUGAUGGUUGGAAAGAUCCCCGAUUUGGUGAAUUUGCCAAUACAUUUUCUAAUCUUACUACGGAUUUAAAGCUUCAUAAAAUUUUUUCAAAUUGGUACGCUAUAGAAAAUCCACCUUUAUUUUCACAAGAUGAAGAAAAUGGUAAAUAUAUAAAUUUAAAUCUCGAAAUAAUAGGUAUUGGUGUUCUUAACACAACAGAGGAUCCUAUCAGAUUAAAGCUUCGUGUGGGUGAUAUUAUAGAAUUAGCUGAAAAUUCUGAAGGAAUUAUUUAUGCUAAGAUUAAGGCAAUAUUUGUUCAUCAGGCAAACGAUGGGCAUAAUUACGCAUUUUUUCAGUUUUAUAGAUUUCAAGAAUUGAACUUUCUGGAUUCAGUACUCGAAUGCCCAUAUUAUAAAGUUCGAACAUCUGAAGAAGCAUAUAACGAAAUUUUUUGGGUUGGUAAUGCUGGAACAGUUGUAACGACUAAUAAUGAUAAAACCAAGAAGAAAUAA